UGUGCUAUUGUUUUUGUACAGAAAUGCAAAAAUAUCAUUUAUUAAAAAAACAAAAAACAUUACAAUAUUUUUUAUUUUAAUUUUAUUUUGUUAAGUAACUGUGUCCAUCCAACAAAAUAGCGCGAUUCGAUUAUGUUUUAAUAAGGACUUUAAAUCAAAAUUAUUAGAUAUUGUGAUUUUUUUCGAAAUAACAAAUAUUCAAAAAGAACAAGAAACUAAUAGAGUUAAGAUUCGAAGGAUUAAAUCGAUUUUGAAAGUGAAUUUUAUCAAAAAAUCAUAGCUAUAGUAAAGUAAAUUAAAAUAUAUUAGGUUCUUAAUUUGGAUAUUAAAAAAAAAAAUUAAAACACCUAUUAAAAGGAAGGUGCAUAUUCAAUUCUGUCUCCAAGGACAUGUGCGGCAUCAGAAUUAUAUAGAGCAAACGAAGAAUAAUAAAUAAACAAAGAACAAUAAUAACAAUGAUAAUAUACAAUUAAACUAAAAAGAAAAAAAAAUAAAAUUAAUAAAAUACAAAAUAAUAAAAAAUUAUAUUCUAUCAGCAACAAUAAUAAAAAAAGUUAUUAAUUUAUUUAUAUAAAAUAAUAAGCAUUAAAAAUUCAUAAGCAAUAAAUCGGUUUUACCUAUAACCUAAAACGUUUAAUACAUUCGUGCCAAUAGAGAGAGAUAAUUCGUUUUUAAAAUUUUUAAGCAAUGAUAACUUUAUCAACUUUAAUUACAUGGAUUAUAUUUGCAAUCAUAAUUAUAAUGCUUUUGCCAAAGGCACCAACUCCAAUUAAGAUGUUUAUAUUUGUAAUAGGGGUGGGUGCAAUAGCUAUGUUUUUUUUACCUUAUCUUAUAUUUCGUCCUCGAGAUUACAGGAACUGUUUGGGUCCAACAUGGGUUUGCAAACAUUUUAGCCGACUUUUAGGAAUAACUAUGGAAGUACGUGGUUUGGAAAAUAUUAGAAGAAAUCAUGGUAGUGUUGUGAUAAUGAACCAUCAAAGCGCCUUAGAUCUCACUGCAAUAGCUCACAUAUGGCCUUUAAUAGGAAAUAUAACAACGAUAGCUAAAAAGGAAUUACUUUAUAUACCAUUUUUUGGUUUAGGAUUAUGGUUAUCUGGUUUUUUAUUUAUAGAUCGUAAAAAUCGUAAUCAGUCAAUUAAUAUUAUGAAUCAAGAAUCAAAAGCAAUACAUGAACGUCAAUGUAAAAUUUUAAUAUUUCCGGAGGGAACACGUAAUUCAAAUGAAAUUUUAUUACCAUUUAAAAAAGGUGCAUUUUAUAUGGCAGUACAAAGUCAAUGUCCAAUUCAACCGAUUGUUGUUACACAUUUUACAUGGUUAUAUCAAAAAUCAUGGCGUAUUAAUCAUGCAAUCAUUCAUAUAAUGCCAGAAAUUUCAACUGAAAAUUAUUCUAAAGAAAAUGUUAACGAUUUAUUACAAUUAUGCCAGAAAACUAUGCAAGAUGAAUAUGAUAAAUUAAAUUCUGAAAUAAAACAAAUGAAUAUGAUUGAAAAUAAUAAAUAUUUUGAUGAUGCAAAAAAUAAAUAAAUAUUUAAAAUAUUAAAAAAAAAUCAAUUUAUACAACCAAAAAAGAACAAACAAGCGAUAUGUACAAUAAAUUAUAGUAAUUACAGUAAACUUUAUAAUAUAUACAGAAAUUAAAUAAACUAGGGAAAAAUUGUAGAAGCUAUGUAUAGAAAUCAAUAGAUAGCUAAUUUAUAUAUGCAUAUGUAUGUAGAUAUAUGAGCCAUAUAUGUACAUGUUUUAUUUUUCGAAUAUAGUUUAAGAUACAAGAACAAAAAACAAGUUUAUUGUAAAUAAAUAAAGUCUCAAUUAAAAUUGAUAUUUAAGAUAAAAUAAUUUUAAAUUAGUGUUUUUUAAAUUUAAUAGAUAAGAUGAGAGAUUAUACUGUGAUGGAUAUUACAAAAGUUAUCUAUUUUUAUAAUCCAAUUUAUUGGCUGAGUACCUUAACUAUAUUCAUUUAAAAUUUGAAAAUUCUAUAAAUGCUAUUUGUUAUAUAUUAUACAUGAGUAUGCACAUUUUGAAAAAUGAUAAAUUUGUAUGAAUUGCAUUUAGUAGCGGAUCUACAGCUUUAAAUUAUUACUUAAUAAGUACACCAAAUUAUUGCUUAUCACACCAAAUUAUCAUUUCAAGAUAGGCAUCAUAGUAUCAAUAAUGUUUACUUUUGCCGAUUCCGAAAUUGCAUACAAAAUUUAUAUACUUACUAGUUUGAUUUAUACCUAUUUUUAUCUAAAUUUGUUGAUAUUUUUUUGGAAUUUUCAUGAAAUAGAAUAAAUUAGAAAUUUUAUCAAAACUUUUAUAAUUCGGUUGAAUUAAAA